AUGGUGCAACAGGAUGAAGAAUCUGAAUGGGAUCAGCUCAAUCGAACCAACUGGAAGGGCCUUGGACUGACAGAUCCAAUAAAAAACAUCGAGGACAAAUGGUUACUUUUGCCAGCCUUUCUCAAAGUGAAGGGUCUUGUGAAGCAACACAUUGAUUCGUUCAACUACUUUGUGGAUACAGACAUCAAGAAUAUCGUCAAGGCCAACAACAAAGUAACUUCCGACGUGGAUCCACGAUUCUGGCUGAAAUACACUGACAUCAAUGUUGGUUUUCCCGACCGCAAUGAAGAGAACGCGAUUGACAAGAGAGUCACACCUAACGAAUGCCGUCUCCGAGAUAUAACCUACAGCGCACCUAUCGUUGUGACUAUCCAAUACACUCGUGGAAAGAACAUCGUGCAGCGCAAUGUCCACAUCGGUCGACUACCUAUCAUGCUACGGAGCAAUAAAUGUGUCCUGACUGGACGAUCAGAAGAGCAGCUAGCGCGAAUGAUCGAAUGCCCGCUGGAUCCUGGUGGCUACUUCGUUGUGAAGGGUACUGAAAAGGUUAUUUUGGUUCAAGAGCAGUUGAGCAAAAAUCGGAUAAUUGUGGAAAUAGAUAAUGUCAAGGGAAUCGUGCAGGCUUCCUGUACAUCGUCAACCCACGGAGGUCUGAAGUCCAAAACUUAUGUUGCGACAAAGAAGGGCAAAAUCUAUCUUCGACACAACUCAAUACACGAAGACGUUCCCAUCGUAAUUGCUCUCAAAGCUCUUGGUAUUCAAUCGGACAAAGAAAUCCUUCUCCUCACAGCGGGAAAUACCGACGCAUACAAAAAUAUAUUUGCUGCCAAUCUCGAAGACGCAGCCAAACUCGGCGUAUUUACGCGGCAACAAGCGCUUGAAUACAUUGGCACCCGUGUCAAGAUCAAUCGGCGUGUAAUGGGACCUCGUAGACCCGCAUGGGAGGAGGCACUGGAGGCACUGGCUACCAUUGUGCUAGCACACGUUCCUGUCAAAGGCCUUGAUUUCAGAGCGAAGGCAAUUUUUGUCGCGACAAUGACUCGUCGUGUUCUAAUGGCCAUGGAAGACGAAAAGAUGGUUGACGAUCGUGAUUAUGUUGGAAACAAGCGUUUAGAAUUGGCCGGCCAGCUACUUGCUUUACUAUUCGAAGAUUUAUUCAAGACAUACAACUCCAACCUUAAAAUUGCAAUCGACAAAGUUCUCAAGAAACCUUCCCGUACAACCGAGUUUGAUGCCUUCAACACAAUGCGAAUGCAAGGCGACCAUCUUACCACUGGAUUUGUUCGUGCCAUUUCCACGGGUAAUUGGUCCCUAAAACGAUUUAAGAUGGAGAGAGCUGGUGUGACGCAUGUGCUUAGUCGUCUCAGUUUUAUCGCCGCCCUUGGCAUGAUGACCCGUAUAUCGUCUCAAUUCGAAAAGACGAGAAAGGUUAGCGGUCCUCGAGCACUUCAACCCAGUCAGUGGGGUGUUUUGUGUCCCAGUGACACCCCCGAAGGAGAAGCUUGCGGUCUCGUGAAGAACUUAGCUUUGAUGACACACAUCACGACUGAUGUAGAUGAAGAACCGAUCAUCCGUCUAGCAUUCAUGCUGGGCGUAGAAGAUAUAUGCCUCACCACAGGCACAGAGAUAUACGGCCCUCACACCUUCGUUGUGAAUGUAAACGGAACUAUAAUUGGUGUUACUCGCCAACCAACACGAUUUGUCGCCCAGUUUAGAAAAUUGCGAAGAGCGCGACGAUGUAGCGAAUUCAUUAGCAUAUAUAUCAAUAAUCACCAGCGUGCCGUCCAUAUCGCUUGCGAUGGUGGGCGUAUAUGUAGACCAGCUAUUAUUGUGGAGAAUGGCAGACCGAGGGUGCGCUCGGAGCAUAUACGUCUUCUUAAGCAAGGCAAGGCAAUGUUCGAGGACUUUUUGCAGAAAGGUCUGGUUGAAUACUUGGAUGUUAACGAGGAAAACGACACCUACAUUGCUCUCUACGAAUCUGACAUCAAUCCCAAUACCACUCAUCUCGAGAUUGAACCGUUUACCCUCCUUGGCGCCGUCGCUGGUCUAAUUCCUUAUCCCCAUCAUAAUCAGUCACCUCGAAACACAUACCAAUGUGCCAUGGGAAAACAAGCCAUCGGCGCUAUUGCCUACAACCAAUUCAACCGUAUCGACACCCUUCUCUACCUCUCUGUUUAUCCGCAGCAGCCUAUGGUUAAAACGAAAACCAUCGAACUGGUCGGGUAUGACAAACUUCCGGCCGGUCAAAAUGCAACGGUCGCGGUCAUGAGUUACUCUGGAUAUGAUAUCGAGGAUGCUCUUAUUUUGAAUAAGGCAAGCUUGGAUCGUGGUUAUGGUCGGUGUCAAGUGCUUCGCAAAAAUGCGACUCUUGUUCGAAAAUAUCCUAACGGAACGUUUGACCGUCUGGCAGAUGCUCCGCUCGACGAAACAGGUCAAAUUGCCAAAAAAUAUGACAUCAUUCAAGCCGAUGGGCUUGCUGGUGUCGGGGAACGAGUUGAUCCAGGGGAUGUUUAUGUCAACAAACAAUCGCCCUCGAAUGCCACAGAUCACGCGUUUACGGGGCAGGCUGCAUCGGUUCCGUAUAAGAACACGCCUUUGACGUACAAGUCUCCUGUGGCAGGGAACAUCGACAAAGUUUUGAUCACUGAUACCGAUAACGACCAAACUCUUAUCAAAGUUCUUAUCCGUCAAACGCGACGACCAGAGCUGGGAGACAAGUUCUCGUCGCGCCAUGGACAAAAAGGUGUAUGUGGUCUUAUUGUUAACCAAGAGGAUAUGCCCUUCAAUGAUCAGGGUAUCAAUCCGGAUACGAUCAUGAACCCUCACGGUUUCCCUUCUCGUAUGACGGUUGGAAAAAUGAUCGAACUUCUCGCUGGCAAGGCUGGUGUUUUGACCGGAAAAUUGCAGUACGGUACCGCUUUUGGUGGAUCCAAGGUUGAGGAUAUGAGCCGACUCCUCAUAGAGAAUGGAUUUAGCUACGCUGGGAAAGAUAUGCUUACUAGUGGCAUUACCGGUGAACCUUUAGAAGCUUAUGUAUACUUCGGACCCAUCUACUACCAAAAACUGAAACAUAUGGUUAUGGACAAAAUGCAUGCUCGAGCUAGAGGUCCACGUGCAACUCUUACUCGACAACCCACGGAAGGUCGAUCCCGAGAGGGAGGGUUACGUCUAGGCGAGAUGGAGCGUGACUGUCUCAUCGGCUACGGUGCGACACAAUUGCUACUUGAGCGGUUGAUGAUAUCUUCGGAUAAAUUUGAGGUUAACGCAUGUUCGGAGUGCGGGCUAAUGGGGUACAACGGCUGGUGUACUUACUGCAAGAGCUCGAAAAAAAUGGCCCAACUCACGAUCCCAUAUGCUGCAAAACUGCUGUUCCAAGAGUUGAUGGCAAUGAAUGUUGUGCCCCGGCUGAUACUCGACGAUGCAUGA